AUGGAGGUAUAUGGCAAAUCUAUGGUUGCAGCUCCUUCAAAUGUUAUUUAUCUGUCAAGUAUUUUGGGCCAAGAUGGUCCAGUUCCCGGUCACAGAUGCAACUCGAAAUGUGAAAAUGAACAUGUUUGUGGAAACAUGUAUCGCUGCAAGCUAACGGGGCUGACUCACAUUUGUGAUAAAAACUGUAACCAGAGAAUUCUGUAUGAUAACCAUAGCUCACUUUGCCUAGCAAGUGGUCAAAUAUUUCCCCUUACUCCAGCAGAGGAACAAGCAGUGAGAGGUGUUCGCAGAAAGUUUGAUGCGGAGAAUUCGCCCUCUGAGAGCUGUGGUUUUAAGCGUAGACGAGAUGCUCAAUUCCAUCCUUCUCCUUUCGAGAGAUCUUUCACUGCUGUCAGUCCUAUCUGCAGCCAAGUUGGAGAUGGCAUGGAUAUGAAUUAG